UCGAGACGGUGAGCAUCUGCGAAUUUACAGAGGAACUCGAUCAACGGCCGCGCUGACGCAGAGCGCUCGCUCACAUCACCUUCACCGCUGCGAGUCGGCGCAAACUGUUGCUCGAGCUGUUUUGGAUUAUUCCGAGGGAGAAACGUCAUACAGUAAUAUAUUCUGCAAGGAGUUAGAGUAGAAGUAUAGCGCGGAGGAAAAGUUGAAAAGUUUUACCUUCAUUAUUAGUCAAUGUAGUGUUUUUUAUUAAAGAGUCGGCGUACAUAGACGGGUGAUCCCGAGCUGUCAAAACCGAUGACUACUGCAAACUGCCCCGGGAAUGAAGAGCUGGACUUCAGACUGAUUUUCGGGGAGGACGGACAGCAGCCGCCACUAACCCCCUCAGAACAGGAUGAGAGAUCAUAUUACAUCUUCAAUGUGGGCCAACCUCCUUCAGUGGUCAACCAAUCACAUGGUCUCCAGCGGCAUGGAGGCCCACCCCCAGUCCAACACAUUGCAACCUCUCCCUCCCUGCAGGCCCACCACAUGGCCUAUGAGCCCAGCUAUGAACCUCAGGACUCUAAAUACACGCCCACAAGGCUGGGCGGGGGAGGGAGUGGCCCACCUAAGGCCUUUGAGUGUCCCAGCAUCCAGAUCACCUCUAUCUCUCCGAGCUGCCAGCAGGAGAUGGAGGCCAGUGAGAAUGAGAUGAGAGGGAAGGGUCCGGAAAGAGAUUACCAUGACAGACCCCUGUCUCGGGAUCACCUGUACCUGCCUCUGGAUCACUCGUACCGGGAUUCAUCCCUGAGUCCAAGUCCAUGCAGCAGCCUUUCCUCUCGUAGCUGGUUCUCCGACGCAUCAUCCUGUGAAUCCAUCUCACAAGUGUACGAUGACGUUGAUUCGGAGUUGAAUGAAGCAGCGGCACGUUUCACCUUAGGGUCGCCGCUCACCUCGCCCGGCUGCUCUCCGCAGACUGGACCGCAGGAGGAAGUAUGGCAACAGCAGCAUCAUCAUCACCCAGCCUUUACUCACUCUCUAUCUCAUUCUCAUGCUCAUUCACUCUCGCCACGCCAAUCACCCUGCCACUCACCCCGUACCAGUGUCACCGACGAGAACUGGCUGAGCCCUCGCUCUCCUUCGCGCCCUUCUUCACGCCCAACAUCACCCUGCGGUAAGAGACGACACUCCAGUGCUGAUAUAUGCUACCUGGGCUCUUUAUCACCCCAUCACUCCCCAACCGCCACACCUGGUCCCUCACCCAGGAGCAGCGUGACCGAAGACACCUGGAUUGGAAGCCCGUCGAUGGGUGUAUCCCCUUUCCAAUGUUGUCCCUCCGAGGCUGACAUCCCCUCCAAGACAAGGAAGACCUCCCAGGACUGUACAGCAGCAAUCCAGCCAGGGAAGGGUGACCUGGGUAUGGAUGAUUCUGGGAAUGUAUCUCCUUUGCUUGACUCCCCUGCUGAGGACGGCUUGCACAGUUUAAAGAAGGACGGAUCUGGAGAUCAGUUUCUCUCAGUCCCAUCUCAUUUUACAUGGAACAAACCCAAACCAGGACAUUCACCAAUUUUCAGGGCAUCAUCCCUGCCUCCCCUGGACUGGCCAUUGCCGAGUCAGUAUGGGCCGUUUGAGCUAAAGAUUGAGGUUCACCCCAAAGCUCAUCACAGAGCUCAUUAUGAGACAGAGGGCAGCCGAGGGGCCAUCAAAGCCGUGUCUGGUGGACACCCUAUCGUCAAGCUCAUUGGCUACAAUGAGAAGCCAGUAAACCUGCAGAUGUUCAUUGGAACAGCAGAUGAUCGUUAUUUGAGGCCGCACGCUUUUUACCAGGUUCACCGCAUUACAGGGAAAACUGUCGCAACAGCAAGCCAGGAAAUUAUCAUCGCCAGCACGAAGGUUCUAGAGAUUCCUCUCCUUCCUGAAAACAGUAUGUCUGCCAGUAUUGAUUGUGCUGGAAUACUGAAGUUGAGGAACUCAGACAUCGAGCUGAGGAAAGGAGAGACGGAUAUUGGCCGGAAAAACACUCGGGUUCGUGUGGUGUUCCGGAUUCACAUCCCACAACCCAAUGGAAAAGUGGUCUCACUGCAGGCUGCUUCUAUUCCAGUGGAGUGCUCCCAGCGCUCGGCACAGGAGUUACCUCAGGUUGAGAAGGCCAGUAUUAGCAGCUGCCCUGUGAGUGGAGGAGAGGAAAUGGUCAUCACUGGCUCCAACAUCUUCCCUGAGUCAAAGGUCAUCUUUCUGGAGAAAGGUCCUGAUGGACGACCACAGUGGGAGGUUGAAGCGAAGAUCAUCAGAGAGAAGAGUCAAGGAUCGAGCAUUGUGGUGGAGGUGCCUCCAUAUCACAGUAAGACGGUCACUUCAGCAGUGCAGGUGCAGUUCUAUGUGUGCAAUGGCAAACGGAAAAGAAGCCAAUCUCAACGCUUUACUUAUCUGCCAGUCCUGGUCAAGCAAGAACAUAGAGAUGAGCUUGACUCCCCUGCUGUGCCACCCAUGUCCAUGCCUCUGGUCCAUGCUGCCAGUUUGGUCUGCACUCAGCCGCUGUCCUCCCCAGAGCACUCCCACCCAUCAGAUGGCCUUCUGUCCAGCUCCCCACGUGGCCUGGCUGCAGGCCUACACCCACUACAGGCCCCCUGCGCACCAAUGGGCUCCCCCACUCUUCCUCACCUGCCCCACCUUCAGGCUCAAGGGCUGAAUGUGCCUCCUGAAUGUCAGAUGCCCUUCCACCCAGGACCUGCUGCCACUGCCAGGCAUUCUUACCCACAUCUACAGCACAACAUGCCCAUCAACGGCCAGCAUAGUCUUCCUAUGUCUGCGGGCUCCCCACAGGCCUACGAGCGUAUGACCUUCCAGGCUGACCCAGCUGGGUGUCACACCCUGGGUCUAGGGAUGGUGUAUUGCCCUGCAUCUUCAACACCCACCUCUGGAGUAGCAGGGGUUCCUGGCUCCAACCCUAGCCAUGUGGCUUGUACAAGUAGCAGCCAAGUUAUGGCUCACUCUGCCCCUCACCUUCACUCUUUAGGCUACCACUGCCCCACUCCAGGACAGGUCCCUUCACCUACUCACACGCUAGGACAGCCAGCACCACAACUCCAGCACCCUCUGGUUUACCAUCCAGCCGGGCAGAGGUCUGCCUCCUGCCCCACACCCUCAGGUGCUCCUACCCAUAUGGUAUCAUCUCCCCACUCUGGGCCCUCCUCCCCCCAGCUCCAUUCUCUCCCCUACCAUUCGCCCACCUCUCCUUCUCCCACAUCCAACAGCCCCCUGGGGCCCCUUGUACUAUCUGGACAGCCUUCUCCUCAGGCUAGCAGCCCUGUCUUGGCUGCACUGUCCCCAGCAGGGUCCAUGGUGCACCCCCUGACGCAACAGGGAGAGAGGGUGAGCAUCAAGCAGGAGCCAGAAGAUCGAGAGCCCACCUUCCGUAACAUUGGCCUGCAGGACAUUACACUUGAUGAUGUGAAUGAGAUCAUCGGCAGAGACAUGUCUCAGGCCCCUGGGGCUCAUGAGGGCUCCCCGGCUGCACACAGUCAGUCCUAGCCCACCUCAGACAAUCCUCACAGGACUCCAGACCCAGGCAAUGAGCUUCCACCCAAACCCACAGUCUGCCCUGAUCAGCCUUAGUCCAGGAAAGACUUUCUCCAGCUUGGAUCCAGAAGGCAUUAGAACCUCCAAAAAUAAUGAUUGCCUCCUCUUGAUUCACCACACUCAACGCAUGUGAACAACAAAAAGAUACGAUAACAACAAAAUGAGUUGGGGUACAUAUGCAUACAUGCAUAAGAAGAAAAUCAGAUGUGUAUUUAUCAUACAUACACAGACUUGGUGGUUAGGUGGGAGUAAACUUGGGUUUGUGUUGUCUGGCACACACAGUUCUCCUGGAAAUAAAAACAAGAAUUCAGGGCUUUCUGACAGCAUGAUGUAUUAUUUGUAGCUUGUAGAUGAACCCUUUGUAUUGGCUAGCUAUGCAGCUGAGUACCCUCAUCCCUGACCAGAAUUUGCAGUACAAACAGCAAUUCUAGUUACUUUAGUUGGAUAGCAGAGGGGUGCUAGAAGUGUAUUACAUGCCCACACUUUGCGCCUUCUUACCAGCCGGAAUUUUCCCAGUGCUACCCCAUAGUGGACAGGUCCUUGGGUGCUGCACGGACUCUAUAGUAAUAAUAUGCAACAUUCCACAUGUCUAGUGACCUUUCUGAGCUGUAGAUAAUCUGUUUAAUGAUUGGCCCUUUUACUCUUCAGGUUGAACAAAUGCCUUUAGUAGCUGUGGUUGUGAUCGAAAAGGCUUUCUGCAGAGAAGUUAUAUUAGUUUUCUUCUUUCCAUUUUAGAUGAAGACACAGUUGAAUUAAAUUUGUGUAAUUUUAACUUAGAAAUAGCUGACUUACAUUUUGUGUUCUGGAGUGCUGUGAAUUGUGUUGGUUAAAUCUUACUUUCACAGUUCUGUGCUUUCAAGUCAAAUUAAUUGUUCUCAGACUAUAAAGAAAAAAUAUUUGUACAAAUGCGAACUUAAAAAUAACUGAUGACCAAAAGGUCUGGAGAUAUUGAACUCAAACAUAAUAAUAUAUUGACUAUGCUGAGACAUCUCUAUGUGCCUUUGAUUAGAGAAACAAAUAUGUAUAAACAUAUGCAUAGAGCAACUCAAACACAUUGCAAGUUUGAUGUCAGGGAACCAAUCAUAUUUAGUUGAUUUUUUAAUUUAUUUUUUACCCCAAAAUGUUGCAUCCUGACAAUCAAGUAGACUUUAGAUUAUUACUCAGUAUAAUGUAAUUUGAAGAUUGUCAAUGGUCUUUGUGUCUUUAUUGCACCCUGAGAAAUUUCAGAUAGGUCCAAACCAAAUUUUCAUCAGUUCAUCUUAGACAAUUAUAGUGAUUGUUUUGUUCACAAUUUGGGUUAUAAUUUCUCUGUGUUGACUCAAGCACAGUGUAGUCCAAAGUGAGAAAGAUGGCCAGAUGUCAAGAAUUCUUUGUAUUUGUAUUGAGUCAUGCACAGAGGAAUGUACACUGCAGAAGCAGAUGCUGUUUCUCUUUAACAGGUCUAUGGUUUGGCUCAGGCAAAACUAUGAAUUGUAUUGGCCCAUUGCCUUAAAAUGUGGAUUUGAAAAUUGAAAUUGUGCAAAUAUUUUUUUCUAUUUCUAGAAAACCGGCACAAGACAAUUUAAACAUUUUGUUAUUAUUAUUAUUUUUGAGUCUUUGAGAUUUGUAGCUGUAACAAUGACUGUUAAUUAUUUUUGAAAAAGAAAAAAAGAAUCUGCUAUGCACUAUAAAACUGCCUUUUGCCUUUAAGAAAAAAAAUGAAAAAAAAUGGAAAACCUUGAUGCCUCUAGACUAGAUGCUGUAGAAAUGCUUAUUCAUAGAGUAGUAUGCCAGACAUCCGUGUGUCAAGAUGUGUAUCUGUUCAAGCACAGAGAAAGCGUCUUAACAGUUUUGUGCGUAUGGGCGUAUGUCCGUUUGUAUCCAAUAAAUUGUAGAAAUUUGUUUUUGUAACUUUAAAAAAAACCUCUUGUUUGAAUGGUGGAAAAGCACACUGAUACAUUAGGCUAUGCAAGGACAGACAAAAUGGUGUUGUGACAUUUUCAAAUAUACAAAUAGCAAGCUUGUUUGUUACUCUUGCAUCUAUACAGUAAGUAUAUAUAUUUUGUUGUAUGUAAACCCAUAUAGUGACAGGUGUUUUCAAUGCCACUUUUGACUAUUUAAUUCAAACUAUCAAAUAUAUGGUAGGAAAGCCUUAACUUGUAUUUCAGUACAAUUUUAGAGAAUGUGUGUCAUAAGGUUUGGGUUUGAUUUAGGAAUAGUAUUUUUGAGAAUAAAAAGAAAAAUAAAACAGAAGGGGGAUUCUGGGAUGAAGCAGGGCCACUAGAUAAGCACCUAUUUUGGUUCUCUUCAAUAAACCAAAGAUAGAACAAUGUGUUCCCAUUUUACAUACAGAUGACAACACAGACACCAGAACUCUAUUUUUGAUACUUUGAAAUGGAUGUCAUUCCUAAAGUUUGGGUAGGUUGGAUGGUUUAUAAAAUAAAAGUAUAGGUUCAGUUGAUGUUUACGGAGCCUUGUAUUGUCAUUUCAUGUACAUUUUGUAUUUAACAUUUUGUCAUUUUUAAGACUGCAGUGUUUUUUGAAAUGAUUCAAAGGUAACACCAUGAGGCAUAGGUUCUUCUGAGGUAGUGUAUAAAUAAAAAGAAUAAAUGCCCAA